UUAAUAAUCAUUAUUCACUAUCAUCACAAUAAUUGUGAAAUAGAAUAAAACUCCAAACUGAUCUAUCCUGGAUAUAGCCAUUUUUGGCUUUAGUGACCAUUUAAAGGUAUUUACUGUAUGGAAAGUUAUUAAAAGCCAACAUUUCUGAUGCUCUCCAAAAUAAUCUAGAUUUACUCAUAGUGUGAAAAUUAGGCUACAAUCUAUUGUUAAAACUAGGCUCCAAUGUGUUUGGGAUAUCUCAUCAAACGUCUUAAAUAAACAUGUCAUAUGAGCAUGCAAUUUAACCUGCUUGGCAUGACACAGCACUCCGCAUAUAAACCGUUGAAGAUGAUCUGCUGCCACCUUGUGGCCAUUCAGAAUAGAAUUGAGGUCAGAUUAGUAAAUUAAUCUGGACAGUGGAUCAUUAAACACAUUUGUAUUGAUGUAGGAAAAAUAUAGCCUACACAAAUAAAGCGACUUUCCCGAAAUAUCCAUAAGACUGUAUGGAGAUGUACUUCGUUUUUAUUCAGUAAUUUGCUUUUUCUGUUUUACAGAGUAUGCCUACUGUGGACUAAAUUACGUAUCUAAAGUUAAAACAAAAUUAACAGUUUCUGGCUUGGUAUUUGUAAGCAUUUUUAAGUAAUGGUAUUAAAAAAUAUUUUUGCUAUAUGAAACGUAUUUUUGCAUAUUGCUAAGUAUUUACUUUUUCAUAUUUGUGCUGUCUUUGUAUACACGACACUUAAGGUGCGUUAACGCAAUAGGCUAACAUUACAACAUUUAUAAAAUGCUAUUUUUCCAGAUAUACUAAGCCUAUUACCUUUUUAACACUAAAUGUUAACACGAACUAUCAAUAGUAUUUUUUAUAUUUAUUAUUUAAAUUAACAGCAAUAAUAAUAUUGAUAACAUUUUAUGCCAUUUAAAUGAAUAUAAAAUUGUAAGAAAUAACGCUAUAAAAUAUUGUUUAUCAUACAUGAUGCAUAAACAAAUGUAACGUGUAAAUCGUACCAUCCACACAAUACAAUAACAUUGACUGUACGUGCUGUACAGUAGGCUAUAGAUUAGCGCGACGCCUGCGUCACGUGACGGUGAAUUCCGGCUCGUGGUUGCCAUGGAGAUGACGGGAGGAUUUGAUGCAGAGUCAGUGCGCAUUCGGCUGCACUACGAUAAUAUCCCCGAGAGUUUCCCGGACAACCUGCUGACGCCACAAUGCAUUUCGCCCCUCCUGUUAGCAAAGACAGGAUCAUAUCUAAAUUUCCCAAGUGUUAUAAUCCUCAAGCUUGCAUACAGAUGAAAGACGACUGGAAUACAAAAGCCAAGGUGGCUUGCCAAGACAGGACUGCUCGCUUACAAGGAUAUGACAGGCUUAAGAUGUCAAAAGCAGUGGUGGUUGGAGAUCUGAAUGUGGGAAAGACAUGCUUAAUAAACAGGUUCUGUAAAGACGUGUUUGAGAGAGAUUACAAAGCUACUAUUGGUGUUGACUUUGAGAUUGAACGAUUUGAGAUGUCUGGGCUUCCAUACUCUCUUCAAAUAUGGGACACAGCUGGUCAGGAAAAAUUCAAAUGCAUUGCGUCAGCGUAUUACAGAGGUGCCCAAGUUAUUAUAACUGUCUUUGACAUGGCUGAUAUCAAGACCUUGGAACACACACAACAGUGGUUAUCGGAGGCUCUAAAGGAAAAUGAACCAAACUCUUGUUUUGUUUUCUUGGUUGGCACAAAAAGAGACCUCCUGUCUGCAGAGGAGUGCCAAAGAACAGAGAGAGAUGCCAUAAAGAUUGCUGCCGAGAUGAACGCUGAGUUCUGGUCGGUGUCUUCAAAAACAGGAGAGAACAUCUCUGAGUUUUUCUUUCGUGUAGCAGCUCUGGCCUUUGAAGAUGCCAUUCUGAAUGACCUGGAGACAGGAAACAGCACCGCUCAGAUUGGAGAUGGAAAUAUUCUGAAUGAUAAAGCAUUGGAGAAUUCCGCAGCAAAGCCAAUGAAGAACUCCUGCUGUUGAUUAAUUUGGCCUUUAAAUAACUAGAUGAGAGGAUUAAAGAGAAAAAAUAAAUAACAUAGUUAUAAAGGGAUGUGUUUACCUGACAUAACCAACCCUUGGGUUGGUGCAUCACUGCAGUACUUAAUAGCGCUAACCAUUUAUGUGUAUAAGAAUCAGAUGAAAAAUAAGGGGUUUCUCACCCAGGACUCCAAGCAACAAAUUAUGGUUUAUACUGUAGUAUUAAAGUCAGUAUUUUGUACUGCUGCAUGAAUCACUGCCGUUGAUAAUUAUAUGCUAAACUGCUGUAUUUUGUUUGGCAUAUGAAAUAAAUAAUAAUUCAGCAUUGUUUAUGAAAUUCUAAUUCAGUAUUUGUCUUCACCCCAGCUUAAGAAAUGUACAUGUACAGUGAUAGAAUCAAAAGAUGCAUUUCGCAUGAAAACAGAAAUGUCUUGAAAUUCUACAAGUGAUUUUUCAAAAACAGAUGGCUACAUUGUAUCUUUAUUAUUUGCAGCUUUUCUAUAAAUAAAGAACCAUAUUUUGUAUCUUCAAGUAUGUUA